AUGUUAGCAAGUAAUAGUAACAACAGUUUCCAUGACACUGCAACAACAAUAACACCUCCUGUCUUAUUAGGUAAUAGAGAAGGAGGAGAAGAUACACAACAACAACAAGAACGACAUGAAAGUCCUCCUGUCUUAUUAGGUAAUAGAGAAGGAGGAGAAGAUACACAACAACAACAACAAGAACGACAUGAAAGUUGGUGGAAGGAAGCAAAGCGUCAACUAUUGUUUUCACUGCCCAUGAUUCUUACGAAUCUGUUCUAUAACUUAAUCACUUUGGUUUCUGUAAUGCUUGCUGGCCACCUUGGUAAUCUUCAACUUGCUGGUUCCACUCUUGCUAACUCAUGGUUCAGUGGCACUGGUGUCUCUCUCAUGGUUGGAUUAAGUGGGACACUAGAAACACUAUGUGGGCAAGGAUUUGGUGCAAAGGAAUACCAAAUGCUGGGAAUUUAUCUCCAAUCCUCAUGCAUCAUAUCUCUUGUUUUCUCCAUCAUCAUAUCCAUGAUUUGGUUCUACACACAACACAUCUUAGUACUACUUCACCAAUCCCAAGACAUAGCAAAAACAGCAGCACUUUACUUGAAGUUCCUUUUCCCAGGCUUGUUUGCAUAUGGAUUCUUGCAAAACAUUCUUAGAUUUCUUCAAACACAAUCUGUUGUGACACCAUUGGCUAUUCUCUCAGCUAUCCCAUUGUUGAUUCACAUUGGCAUUGCAUAUGCAUUGGUUGAGAAGACAGGUUUGGGUUUUGUUGGUGCACCUAUUUCGGCUUCUAUUUCACUAUGGAUAGCUAUUGUUUUGUUGGCUUUGUAUGUUAUGUUUGGAAAGAAGUUCAAGUUGACAUGGAAAGGAUUUUCUACUCAAUCUUUUCAUUAUGUAUUGCCAAGUCUCAAACUUGCUCUACCUUCUGCAGCAAUGGUAUGUUUGGAAUAUUGGGCUUUUGAAGUCUUGAUUUUCUUAGCUGGACUAAUGCCUGAUUCAGAAAUAACCACUUCCUUAAUGGCAAUAUGUGCCAACACAGAAUUCAUUGCAUCCAUGAUCACUUAUGGUCUCAGUGCAGCUGCAAGUACCCGAGUUUCAAAUGAACUAGGAGCCGGCCACCCAAAUCGAGCGAAUCGCGCUAUGAGAGUGACUCUUACUCUCUCAGUUCUACUUGGUUUGUGCUUUGUUUUGACACUUGUGACUGGUCAUAAUAUAUGGAUUCAAAUGUUUAGUAGCAAUUCUAAAAUAAGAGAGGAGUUCGCUUCAAUAACACCCUUACUUGCGAUAGCCAUAUUACUAGAUGCUGUCCAAGGUGUCUUAUCAGGAGUGAUUAGAGGAUGUGGCAGGCAGCACUUGGCUGCAUAUGUCAACCUUGCAACUCUUUAUCUCAUUGGUUUACCAAUAUCAUGUCUUCUGGGAUUUAAGACUAAUUUGCAAGUCAAGGGUUUAUGGAUAGGGUUGAUUUGUGGGCUGGUUUGUCAAACUGGAGCACUAUUAUUUUUCACAUGUGCCACCUUUGCCACUAAUGAAGACGCAUUUGAGAGUCAGCGUCACAUGCGUCAUUUGGGGUUUGCAAUGGAGAUGGCUACGCAUAUCACAUUUGUUUAUCGCCAUCGGGGUUGGUUAGAGAAGGAUGCAGAUGGUGGGGUACAGUAUAAUGGUGGUUUACUGAGUAUCAUCGAGAGGGUGCAUGUUGAUACUUGUAAUCUAUUCCUUGUUGAAGGCUUGUUUCUAGAUUUAGGUUAUACUAGGUAUAAUGAAGUUUAUUGGUUGGAGCCAGGGAUGGAUUUAGCUAACAGGUUACGGGUGCUCAGAAGGGAUGCCGAUGUGGUUAAGAUGUGUGAUGCUGCACUGAGGAAUGAAAACAGGGUUCACUUGUAUUUUGAGCAUCCAGUUGAUAUGGAUCCAGAGUAUGUUGAUGAGGCUGAGGUUUUUGCUAACGAAGAUGUUGAGAUGCCUUGCUUAGAAGACCAGGAAAAUCAUGACCAGGAACCGCAACAAAACGAAGAGGAGGAAGGAUUUGAACAUACAGAAGUAGAGGGAGCUCCUUUAUUUAAUGAAGCAAAUGAACAAGAAGAUCUCCCACAGCACGAGGAGCAACAACAAGAAGAGGAUGAACCAACGUUGAAGAAAGGGGGUAUGAUGAAGCAUUGCCAGAGGAGGCUGGUACUGAAAACAUUUCUAAUCAAAGUCAGGCUGGAACAACUGAAAAUGAGGCCCCCAAUGAAGGAGACAAUCAGCAGACCCAUGUUGAAGACCAUGAGAGGCCAUCGAAUCCUGAAGAAGUUAAUGGCAGGGGAAGAAAACGCAGGAAGAAACAUGCGAGGCCCCCACCAUCUGGUAGAGAUCAACCUGCACCACAAAACAAUAGUGAAGGACAUGCUGGUUAGUAUAUGA